AUGGGAGAGAAUCUGAUUGAAGAUCGCGGCUUUUUAGCCGCACCUCUGACCUUCUUCGUCGUCGUCGUCUUCCAGUUGCUAUCCAAGUACCUCGACCAAUUGAAGAAGAAAGGAUCAAAGUAUACGAAAGAAGCAGAGCUUCGAUCCGAAAUUAAGCAGCUUUUGAGAGAAGCCAGUGCAUUGUCUCAGCCAGCCACAUUUGCGCAAGCCGCAAAGCUUAGGAGAUCAGCAGCUACUAAAGAGAAAGAACUUGCUCAAUAUAUGGAGCAGCAUAACAAAGAAAUCAAGUCGUCAUAUGAUCUUUAUGGACAGGUUCUGCUUGCUUCAAAGGUUGUGGUAUACCUAAUCUUGGUGUUUUGGUUCUGGAGGACACCGAUUGCCAUUAUUGCUAAGCAACUUGUUCAACCAUUUGGGAGUUUGUUAUCUUGGGGAACAGGAGGUCACUUGACAGGCCAUGUGAUGGUUGGGAUCAUACCGUGGCUGAUACUCUCAACCAGAGUGAGCAAAUAUGUGAGUAGGUUCGUGGAGUUCUAA